AUGCGUCUCCCUGACGCUCUGAGACGUGCAGUGAGAGGUGCUACGACACCAGUUUCACCAAAAGCGAGAAAAAGCCUUUCUGAGCUUCUUGCGGCGCAUGUUUUGCGAUCUGUUCAUGCUCUGGCGACUGAACAAGUGAAUGUAUUUGCUCAUUCGCUAUCCAUCCGCACCCUUAGGUACGGCUUUUAUCUCCACGUCUACGCGGAUCCUGCAGCAGUGAUCUAUCAGGUCAGGCAGGUGAAGAAGUUCUUUCCGAACUCGCCGAUUUACGUGAUGAGCGAUGGUGGUUUGGACUUCACCAAGCUAUGUGCGGAGGAAGGCUGCACCUUUGUCUUAUGCCCACCUGCGAACGAUCGCUGGCAUCCAUGGCCCUUCUUCCGCAGACUUUGGGAUGCCGCCAACAGUUUGGAGGUCAAGUACAUCGUCAUGCUAGAGCCCGACAACACGAUUCAUGGAUAUCCAAAACGUCCGCCCGGAGCUGACCUGGGAGGACUAUUCGUGCAGGGCCGAAGCUUCGGUCUUGUUCGUUACGUGGAGAAGUUGGCACAACAGCGUAGCCCGGGCUUCAAAUGGUCAAAGAUGAGCAUGUCAUCCGGCCUUUGCGGGGGAGCCUAUUUUCGCCGAGAGGCAGUGCUGGAUGCCUUGUCCGAUGAGAACAUGAUGAAGCUGGACUGGAACUAUUUAGGUGACAGGCUGAGCAAGGAGAUUUUCUCAUCCGACUUUGCUAUGCAGUAUGCCUUUGCAGCCCGAGGGUGGAGGAUCGAACCUUGGGAGGAGACAGCCCAGAUGGACAAGCAUCCAGACGAGCCCUUGACUGGAGCCAAAGAUGCAGCAUUCCGUCACUACUGCGCUUGCUAUCCUGGGGGCAAGCCCACCUACAACAUGAAAGUUGCAAAGGCUGAUGAACGAUUGUUCCGAAACGGUGGGUAUCAAAUGACAUCUGGCCCAUACUCUGCAUCUGUCUGCCAAGUUUGCUACAACUCGAGUCGCUACCUGCAGCUCUGGGGGUCUGCUAGGUGCACAAACAGUAUUCCUUUCCAGCUCUCCGAGAAGCUGCUGAAGAGGCACCACCCCGACUUGGAGACAAAGCCGUGUAAUCUGGACUGGCUAUGUGAGACUGGAAAAAUGCGUGGUCCUGGUGUGGAUGUUUCAGCUCCGACUCCAAGCAUAGAUCCGCAGGCUAAGUACCUCAUGGUGGAGCAGCCAUCCGCAAGCUGUCCUCCUGGCACGAAGAGCUUGGAGUCUGUAGGUGAAUGCAAAGCAGCUGCUGCGAAGCUACAGCACUCGUUGGCAUACGAAGACGAGAUUUAUCAGGAGAAUGAUCCCAGAGGUUGUGUGUUUCGUGCACCUGACAACGACAUGUACUUCAAUGACGCAGAAGAAGGCAGAGAGAAUUCAGCCCGACGCCUCGUCUGCAGGGUGGAGAGCUGA